AUGCAUUUACUGAGAUCACACCGUCGUAUUUCAGAUUCUACAAAAGUACUUACAAAACAGUUGGGUUCGGUUAAUAUCCCAUUAAUCAGAAGUGUGAAUGAGAAGCUGAGGAACCACGAUGUUGAACUAGUGACCGAGUAUUUUAUGGCUGAACAGAAAAAAAAUGAGGCUUUUUAUUUCAAGAUUGAGGGAGAUGGCGAUAACAGGUUUAGUCGAUGUUUUUGGGCAGAUGCAACUUCUAGACGGGCGUACGGGUUUUAUGGAGAUGUUGUUGUAUUUGAUACCACAUUCAACACGAAUAGAUACGACUUGACAUUUGCACCCAAUGUUGGGAGUUAA